UGAAACGUCAUUUAUUUACGAUUUCUCUUAAUUGCACACGUAAUUCUCUCACUCUCUAGACAGCAGCAGUUUAAACGUGCGUGCGUGCGUGCGUGUGUGUGUGUAUAUUUAUAUAUAUACAUAUAUAUAUAUAUGUAUAUGCAUGUAUGUGUGUAUUUUUAAAUAACAAAUGGAAACUUCUAUGCCAAAUACCCAAGACGUUGACAGUACAGAGCCGCCAGAAGAUACUGUUGACGAUGAAGUAGAAGCAAAACUAUCACGUUAUGAAAGAUCUGCUGAGGUUUCAGAACCAGUCCAAGCAAAGAGCAUUGGGAAAUGUUGCUGUUCUAGUAAGACCUGUGCUGCUUCCAUUGUUUAUUUGUCACUGUUCUACAAUGUGCUUGUUUGCAGUGGGGUACCAAUAUCUUUGGGUGUUAUGUACCCUGAACUCAAAGCAAGUUUCUCCAGUACAAAUGCUGAAGCAGCAACUAUUGUAUCAUUAGCAAUGGGACUCCUCACAUCUGGUGGAAUCGUUGGUGGAAUAUUGUGCAACAAAAUUGGUGCCAGGAAAACCAUAGCAAUGGGAAGUAUCCUGUCUUUCAGUGGAGCCUUUGCUAGUUAUUUCGCAGAGAACAUACUCACAUUAAUGUUUACGCUUGGUGUUUUUGUUGGUAUUGGAAAUGCUGUCGUCUACAUUCCUUCAAUGGUGGUAGUUAGUGAGAAGUUUGACACCCAUGCUUCAUUGCUCACCAUGAUCCUCACAGCAGGCCGGCCAGCUGGAGUCUUGUUGUUUCCUAUCAUCAUCAACUUUCUAAUGGAAAUCUACUUCUGGCAAGGAACGUUGCUCAUCAUCAGUGGGUUCUUACUCAACAUUAUAUUGUUUGGCUUGCUGGCCACCUCGCCGCUUCUUAUUCCUUCUUCCAGUAGAAAAAAUACAGACGUUCAAAAGAAAACCUGGAAUUUCUCUGUGUUAAAAAAUACCAAGUAUGUGCUGACAAUGCUGAGUCUAAGCAUCAUGAACAGUACCCUCAGUGCUGUUAUUGUCAUCAUGGUAGAUUACUUCAUAGAGCGUGGUUAUAGCAAAGGUAAAGCUGUCUUUAUCUUGAGUGCCCAGUCCUUUGCAGCACUUUUAGCAAGGGGUCUGACAGCAGGAAUGUCCUUUUUACCAAGUAAAUGUCGGCCUUCAGAAAUCUUUCUUCUCUUUAUUAGUGGAUUUGUCUCCAGUACUGUACUUUUCUCUUUACCAUUUAUAAACAGUUUCACAUUACUAUGUAUCAUGCUAAUAAUAUCAGCUUUAUUUGUAGGGAUAAGGAACUCUGUUGUUCCAACCCUCUGUUUAAAUAUUCUUGGCAAAGAACAUUAUGCAAUGGCCUUAGGUUUUUCACAAACUUUUAUUGGCCUUGCCUCUAUUGUAAUGGGAUCCCUUGGAGGUUAUAUCCGAGAUGUCACCAAAUCAUAUGAUACAACCUUCAUAGCAUUUGCUGGAUGGACAUUCUUUUCAACUUUAAUUCUUAGUACAAUCUACAUAUUUCUCUACGGUAAUUUGUUCAAGGCUCCUAAAGAGAAAAAAACUGUUUGUAAUGAUUUCAUUUUGGUUGAACCAAAAUGCCAAUUUCCUCAAACCUUGUGAGUCAGUGGUUGGUGGGAUAUGUACAUAACAGAACUUUCAACGUAAAGUUACCCAAUAUUUCUAAUUUUAAAAAUAAUCUUCCAUCUUUGAAAUUUUCUAUGGUUCAUUAAUGAUGAGGCUUCCUCAUAUGACACAAUGAUGGGCAUACCACAUGUUUCUGUUAAUUACAGAAUUAGUGUGACAUUGUUCCAUUGAUGUGUCUUUCACUGCCCUUAAAGUGCAAGCAGCGCUAAGAGGGACUAUUUUGGAUUUUCAGCUGCAGAUUCAUUGUCUGGAAAAGUUCUAGGUGACAUGAACAACAGUCAAAUUGCCUCCGAUAUUUUAUUUUAUUGACUCCCAGAAUAAUGAAAGGCAAAGUUGGCUUUCUUGAAUCAUCAUCAUCAUCAUAUGUCUGUUUUUCUGUGCUUGCAAGGGUUGGAUAAGUUUUCUAUAACAACACAUAUCUUUACUUUUUAACAGCUGUCCAUGAGUUUUAAUAUUCCAAGAGCAGCCUUCACCAUUAGAAGCCAAAAUUAUUGUAGAUAUCAGAGUUAUAUUUGUAUGAUGACAAGUGACUUGUUCUGAGAUUGUGUUGAAACCAAAACAAUUCCAUAACAGAAGAGCCCCAGUAUCUAUUUAGAAACACAAGUAAACUGAUAAAUAUUCACUUUUUAUUUAUUUCUUAAUAAUAUACAAAAGCAGAGUGGAAUUAUGAGUUGAAGAAGUGCAGCAAAACUUUUUGACCCUUCAUAACAGACUGUAUCAAGCCUGUUGCCAAACUUUGGUGCCUGGGGAUGCUUUGGAAUAUUCUGGAUGGGCACUAAUUUGUAUUGCUGGAAGAUUUUGUAAACUGUAUUUUCUAAAUCAGAGGGUGCACCAUUGAAUAGUGAGGGUGCAGUACUAUCCAGUGACCCUAGCUUUAGCGAUUGACAUGGACUGUAUUAAUAAGAAAAAUUGUGAAUAUAACAAUUUGUAAUUUCAUAAGUGACUUUAAUGGCUCUACCAAAGCGUUUGGUAGUACAGUGAUAAGAAUCCCUGGUUGUCAUGCUGGUGACUGGGGUUUGAUUCUCCUUGUGGAAAUUUAUGAUUUUUACAAAAAGAAUCAGUAUUAUCUUUGUUAUUAAGGCAAUGAGCAUUACCUGGAAAUUAUUGUUAUGAUUAUUACAGUACCAGUUAAAUACCAGGUUAAAUGUGACUGACUAACACCCCUCUCGCAAAUUUUUGGCUCUGUGCCAAUAUUUUUUCAGGCUCUUUACAUUCUAAAUUCAUAUUCUGCUAAGACCAACUUUGCCUUUCAUCCUUUCAGGAUCGAUAAAAUAUAGUAGUUGUUGAGCUUGGGGAAGCAGGGGUCAAUAUUAUCAACUCUACCCCAUUCCUAAAAUUACUGGCCUUGUACCAAAAUUUGAAACUAUUAUUAUUAUUAUUAUUAUUACAUACUGGGAAAGCUGGCAGAAUUGCUAACACACUGUAUGAAAUGCUUAGUGGUAUUUCACCUGUUGCUAUGUUCUGAAUUCAAAUUCCACCAAGGUUGACUUUGCUUUUCAUCCUUUCGGGGUCAAUAAAUUAAGUACCAGUUGCGUACUAGGUUGAUCUAAUUGACUGGCCUCCUCGUUCAAAAUUUCAGGCCUUAUAAAUAUAGUAGAAAGGAUUAUUAUAAAGAUGGUGAACUGGCAGAAUCAUUAGCACGCUGGGCGAAAUGCCUAGUGGUAUUUCACCCAUCGCUACAUACUGAGUUCAAAUUCUGCCAAGGUUGAAAUUUCCUUUCAUUCUUUUGGGGUCGAUUAAAUAAGUACCAUUUACACACUGGGGUCGAUGUAAUUGACUUAAUCCCCUACACACAAGCUGCCCUUAUGGCUAGAAUUGGAAAUUAUUAUUAUU